CUCAUACAGGUACUUUGGGAUACCGUGUCUAAAGGUUUAUGAGGCCUUGGUCUCACAGAUUCAGAAGUGGAGAACCAUGGCCGGCUGCACCUUGGGAGGACAGAAGUGCCUGUAUAAGCUGCAGUCUGCCUCUGUCCACUUCAUUGCAGCCAAACACAUCACUCCCUUCAAGAGGUCUGUGGACGACAUCAACUUCCGGCUGGUCCCCUUUCACUUCUUCACCUGCUGUCACGUUUCGGCUAUGUCUGUUUCUGAGACCUGGUACGCCAUGAAAGACCACGGCACCAACUACUGCAACCUCUACAACCUCAUAGAAGGAAGCGGUCUGACUGAAGCCAGAGGUUACAGGGAGGUCACCAGUGACUUCCUGUGCACCCAACGCUACUCUGCUAACUGCACGGUCUACUGACAAGAGUAAUCACUUACAAUUUAGAAGUUUUGAUUUAAUUCUUAAUUUUGGAUGCCUUUCUUUUUCAUUGCCUGCUUUAACUGUUGUAUUUGGGGACACAUUUUUCUGAUAACUGAUUAUACAUAAUCACUUGAUUGAUAGGUUAUUCAGUUAAAUCUAAAAGCAUGAAUAGAGUAACUAAUGAUGUAUUAAUUUGACUCAGGUAUAACAGUAAUUACAAAGUACAGGCAGUUUAUUCUUAUGUAGCAGGAGCAUUUAAUAAACAUAAUAAAAUGUAAUGUUUAAGGGACAUCCAUUCAAGUUAGGUUUUCUGAUUCCUGUACUUUUAAGGUUUUCUGAUUCCUGUACUUUUAUGAGUUUCUGAACUGUCAAAAACGUGUAUCUCUUUUGCUUGUUCUCCAGCCAACUGGAUUGGAUUGUUAUUGUUUGGCACUGUUUUAAACCUUUAUUUUGUUAAAUAAAUUGUUCUUAUUAUUUCCCACCAA